UUGAAUAAAAGUGAUAAAAACACAAGAGUACUUUUACAUACGGGAAUAUAAAUUCUCAAUUGUUUAAUAACUAUGAGUGUUAUUUGCCGAUGUGGAUUGAUAUUCAACUUGUUAUUAAUAUUCAAUCUUAUUAAUUUUUGUGAAUCAACAUUUUUCCCUCAUGUGUAUCCGCGAGUAAAACUCGAAGCCAAGCCUCCCGGUCCAGCCGGCGAGCCGCUGAUACUCACCCCGUAUCUAGAGACAGGAGAUGUGCAACUCGCACGAAACAUAUCUCGCGUGCCUCUCACUGACGACAUAGGCGUUACAAGCCACGCAGGAUUCUUCACCGUGGACGUCAAGUACAAUUCCAAUUUAUAUUUCUGGUACUUUCCGGCUUUCUCUAAGAACAAAGCAGCUCCGGUUAUCCUAUGGCUGCAAGGCGGUCCGGGAGGAAGUUCCUUGUUUGGAUUAUUUACAGAAAACGGACCGUUAAUCGCUAAAAAAGGUGGAUUCGCUCUCAGGAAGUAUCACUGGGCACUCAAACACAACUUAAUUUUCAUAGAUAACCCAGUCGGAACUGGAUUUAGCUUCACAGAUGAUGAGAAGGGUUACUGCACCGAUGAGAAGUGUGUAGCUGAUGGAUUGUACAAUUGCUUGCAACAAUUUUUUAUAAUGUUUCCUUCUUUGAGGAACAACGAGUUUUACAUCACUGGUGAAUCCUAUGCAGGGAAAUAUAUUCCAUCCAUAGCUAUGAAGAUUCACCAACAAAACUCCCUGGGUGAACUACAAAUAAACCUCAAAGGCUUAGCUCUAGGCAAUGCAUACUGUGAUCCCAUCAACCAGAUGGAUUAUGGAAACUAUUUAUAUCAACAUGGCUUAAUAGAUUUUGAACAAAAUAAGUUGUUCCUCAAAAUGCAAUAUGCAAUAAUCAGUGAAAUUCGUAAAGAGAAUUGGGUCCAAGCUGACAUUCUCAUGGACCAGCUAAUGGAUGGAGAGCUAACUAAUUAUUCCUACUUCAAGAACUUUACAGGAUUCCAAAACUACUAUAACUUUUUAGACCCAACAGACCAGUCCCAUUCAGACAUGGAUAUUUAUAUAGAUCUCUUGAAUAAUGAUAAAAUAAGGCAGAGUGUACAUGUCGGAGGGCUGCCUUUUCAUUCAGGCAAAGAAGUGCAAGAACAUUUAGCAUAUGAUGUUUUGAAGUCUGUUGCUUCAGACAUAUCAGAAUUACUAUCUCACUAUCGCCUUCUAUUUUACAAUGGCCAGUUGGAUAUAAUAGUAGCAUAUCCGUUAACUGAGAGCUUUUUGCGUAAUUUGAACUUCUCAUCUGCUACCGAGUAUAAAACAGCGGCGAGGCACAUUUGGAGGGUGGGUGAUGAAAUAGCAGGCUACAUGAAGCAGGCUGGUAACUUGACGGAGGUGCUGGUCAGGAACGCGGGCCACAUGGUGCCGCAUGAUCAACCCAAAUGGGCUUUGGAUAUGAUCACUCGUUUUAUAAAGAACACAUUCUAAUAAUAUUAAAUCCCUAACAUUCUAAGAAUUAGUUAUAGAUAAUAAAUGUUACUGUAAAAGCUCAAACUACAAUUAAAUCUUGAGAU